AUAGAUCAUCAUAUUGUGUGUGUUUUUUGUUUUGUUUUUUUUUGUUUUUUUUUAGUUGCAAACAACUUUUUUUUUAAUGCAGGUGUACACAGUAGGCCUCCAUGACAACUAUGGCAAUAAUAGAAACCUUCUUUAAACAGAGAACGUAAAAAAAGGGGGUUUGAGAUUUUGUAUAAUCAUGUAUCGACUCACUUCAUUAAGAUACAGUCAUGCUCUUCAUGCAGGAUGUCUCUUAGAACAGAGGGGACCCAGUGUGGUGGUGGUGUUGUAGAGUGUAACAAUGAUAAUAACAGAGAUUCACCUGCGAUGAAAGCCUGGAGCAUACCAAGAUCAGCCCUCAUCUACCUCAAGGGCCCCAAGUUGCCCAUCUAUGUGAGCGGAGCACUAUCUAUGUGGGGUGAUCGCAUGUGGCAUUUCGCCAUUUCUGUAUUUCUGAUUGAGCUCUAUGGGCAUAACCUGCUGUUGACUGCCAUCUUUGGACUUGUGGUGGCUGGAUCGGUGCUCUUACUGGGAGCUUUGAUUGGAGAUUGGGUUGACCGCAAUCCAAGAAACAAAGUGGCCCAUGCAUCCCUGUUCAUUCAGAAUAUCUCAGUGACCAUCUGCAGCAUUGUGCUCAUGUUGGUGUUCACCUACAAAAAGUGGGUUGAGGAAAUUUGGGAUGGGUGGUUAACUGUGGUUUGUUAUACGGUGGUGAUCGUCCUGGCAGAUGUGGCAAACCUUGCCAGCACAGCUCUCACCAUUGCCAUUCAGAGGGACUGGAUAGUUGUAAUCACAGGCUACAACCGUGGUCACCUUGCAGGAAUGAAUGCAACAAUGAGACGGAUCGAUCAGGUGACUAAUAUCCUGGCUCCACUGGUGGUGGGUCAGGUAAUGACCCUGGCCUCUAAUGUGGUUGGCUGUGGCUUCAUCUUGGGAUGGAAUCUGGUAUCCCUCAUUGUAGAGUUCAUCUUCCUUUCCAGGGUCUACCGUAUUGUACCAGAGCUGUCUGUCAAACCACCAGCAAUGGAACAUCAAAGCUAUUUAGAGAAGAAAAGAGAAAGAAAAUGCUCCCAAGGUAUAACCUCAGUGUGUCCAACUGCAGCCAUCUCUGAAGAGAGCACCAGCAGCUUGCAUUUACAACAGAUAACCAAAAUACCAGUGUGCUUCCACCGCCUGUGCGGGCUCCUCAGCACCUGCCGAGAGGGAUGGAGGUCAUAUUACAGACAGCCUGUUUUCCUCGCCGGCCUGGGUCUGGCCUUCCUCUACACGACAGUGCUGGGCUUUGACUGCAUCACCACUGGCUACGCCUACACCCAGGGCAUCAGCGGCUCGCUGCUCAGCAUACUAAUGGGCGUAUCGGCUGUAGCUGGGCUUUUGGGCACUGUCCUUUUUACAAAGCUGCGGAAAGCAUGUGGCUUGGUCACCACUGGGGUCAUUUCCAGCUGUCUGCAUCUCGGCUGCCUGUUGCUUUGUGUGUGCUCUGUGUUUGCCCCCGGUAGCCCCAUGGACCUCAGCGUGCUAAAUAUGUGGAAUGCGUCGGAUGUGGGAGGGAUGACCAGAGGUCACCAGAGGCAUGGAUACCCACUGCGUGGAGGCAGCAACCAGCCUCUGCUGCCAGACCGCUCCUCCAUUCACUGGACCAAUAACACUGUGCUAUUUGAAAAUGCACCAGCAGUGACCGAACCUGAGUCUUAUGUCUCCAUUAUCUUGCUGUUCCUUGGAGUCAUUACGGCUAGAGUUGGUCUCUGGUCCUUUGACCUGACAGUGACACAGCUCUUGCAGGAGACGAUAUGUGAAUCAGAGCGCGGGGUGGUCAAUGGAGUCCAGAGUUCAAUGAACUACCUGAUGGACCUGCUGCACUUCCUCAUGGUCAUCUCUGCACCUCAGCCACAACACUUUGGCAUCCUAGUCAUCAUCUCCGUCCUGUUCAUAUUGACGGGACACAUAAUGUACUUCCGGUACGCCGGGAAGGCUAAGAGGAAACAACACACAAACACAUAAGCAACAUAGAUAUACAUGCAGACUUUGCUGUUGCACAGACUCUGUCACCAGCUUGUGAAUGUGUCUCCAUCCCUGCACUGUGCUAUAAUUGUUUGCUGCAGCAAUUCUUGGAUUCACACAAAAUUGCUUAACCGCUGAUUAAUUUCAGCUCUCCCUGCUGAGAAACAAAAAGAAGCUAAAACUGGGCAAAAACCAUCAUAAGAUGGUCUAAGUUGGUCUGAUGGCUUGGUUUAAAGGGGUUCUGGGCACUUUACAGCAGGUCAAGCUGGCAGUCCAGUUUAAACCAUCUGAACACUAGCUUGGCCAGGCUGUGAGACCAUUUUAAGCCAUUUUAAAACAGCUAAUACCAGCAAACAGAAUUAGGCUGGGUUAAGCUACCUUUCUUUCCAGCAGGGGAUAUAAAAAAUAUAUAUAUGUCACUGUGAGUGCUGCAUAAGAAACAGUUUGGCAGAAGCAGCGAAGUACUCAGGUGAAAAAUAGACUAGGAAACAGCGCCUCCUGCUGACAAACAAGGGAAACGCCUUCAUGCUUAUAAAGUGCCACUAAGCCAACAUUUACACUGAAAGUUAAUAAGUGUUAUAGAACGCACAGUAUUUCAGCAAGAACAUAGUCGAACAUAUCUGACACCACAGAUUUUUUUAUGGAUUAACACCUAAGCAAAAUCCUUUCUUGUAAGCCUUUUCAAUUUUGUCCCUUUGCAGCCAGAAACAGCAUGCUGACAAGCAGAUGUUACCAACAGAAUAUAAUGAAACAUCACCAAACUGAGCUACAGUAUAUUAAAAAUCAUAAAAUUGACAGGCAGGCAGACAGACAGUCUACCUUUCACUUAUACGGUCAAGAUUACUUGGUUUCGGAAUAAAGCACACAAGCAAUAAAUCUCGUCCAACAGAAACAGAACAUUCCUCUCUAAAAUGCUUCUUAAAGCGUUCUCAUUAGUCAGCCCUUUUUAUUUUUUUGUGCUUUUGACUGACUGAUUAAUGUCUUUUUAGUUUUAUGCCUAACUCUUCAGGUGAAAAAUUAGUGAGUGCCUGUCUCCUGUAUAUAAGUAUUGUGCCAUGGUCAUUAAAUUCACUAUUACUUCCUUUGAGUUCAAAAGGGAUGAAGACAGAAUCUUACCUCAGCACUUAACUGUUACAUUAUGUUUUUAACUCUAGUUUGAACUUAUUUGUGAAAGGCAACUCUACAAGUAAUGGUUAAAAUAUACGUACAGUGCUCAGACUGCAUUACAUCUGUUUAAGUUGUAUUAUUAAACAUCUUUAAUUUCAUAUAUCAUUAUUAAUUCAAUGCUGAUGUGUUACGUUAAAUGUUGUUUGAGGUAUCUUUCAGUGUUAGACAGUUCAAUGACAAACAAUAAAAG